GAACACUUGAGUUUUGCUAGGCACCACCGCCUGCAUGGAUACUCCUCAGAAACUUUCCUGGACAGACACGUUCACAAAAUCAUCAAUGUCUUCGGCCAAGGCUGGAUGGCUGCCGGUAGUGAUCCUUACCAGAAAUGGGGGCGCCAUUCAGCGCGACAGGUAUAAAAGCCUGCCAUGUCAAUACCCUACGAGUACCCCAUCCUGUCCUACAAGAUAUUCCUUCUCUCUUCACUACAAUGUGUUACUAUCGACAAGUCCGAAACAUAUACACAAGAUGCGGUCACGGCGUUACUGAUCCGGAUGAGGAGAUACGAUGCAAUCUCGUCAAUUGCAAAUUUAGCACUACGCACCCUCGCCAUUGCAGGCCACCGGCUUGCACCAAGACCUGUUGGCAAUACCGACAAUAUCCUCAACAAUAUUCACCUAACAUUAACGGGUAUUGCCCACAAUGUCGCAGAUAGGCAACGUGGACACCCUCAAAGUCCCGAUGUAC